GGGGGGCGUUGAGGGGAAAAUCAGCAGAGAGUGGAGAAGACAGUCCAGUCGACAGGUACCAGUCAUGGCCUUGACCAGGGCAGGUGGCAGAGUUUGCUGUGUGCUCCUGGCGCUGCUGCUGGCGGCCGAGUGGAGUUGCCAAGUGCCCGGUUGUCACAAAGUGCGAUCUGCUUUCCAGUUACUGCACUCCAGCGCAAAGUGGACGCCAGAGGAGCCGGUGUCGGGUUCCGACUUGCAGGUCUGUGUCCCUAAUGGUCCAACAUGUUGCACAAGAAAAAUGGAGGAGAGAUACCAACUUGCUGCUCGUCAAAACAUGGGGCACGUUCUCCGGGCUUCCAGCACUGAUUUAAAGUUUCUGAUCUUUCAAAAUGCCGCGCUUUUCCAAGAGACUUUUGAAAUUGUUGUUCAUCAUGCAAAAAACUGCACAAACCGAAUGUUCAAGAAUGUCUACAGGAAUAUGCCGACUGAGACUGCUAACCUUGUUGGAGAACUUUUUGCUGAUGCGUCCCUAUAUGUGCUUGGCUCUGAAAUAAACAUUGAUGACAUUGUGAAUGAGUUUUUUGACAGCUUAUUCCCUGUAGUCUACAGUCACUUAAUAUACCCUGGUUUUCCACAAUUGUCCGAAGAAUCCAGAGAAUGCCUAAGGAUAGCGAGAAAUGAUAUGAAAGCAUUUGGUAAUUUCCCUAAAAUUAUUAUGACUUCUAUGUCAAAAUCACUGCUGGCUGUUCGAGUAUUUCUCCAAGCCUUGAACCUGGGAAUUGAAGUAAUUAACACAACGGACCAUUCGAAAUUCGGUAAGGAUUGUGGACGGGCACUGCUGAAGAUGUGGUACUGUUCUCACUGUCAAGGCCUGUUGAAGGUUAAGCCCUGUCUGGGAUAUUGUCUGAACGUGAUGCAUGGCUGCAUGGCAAACAUGGUCGAGAUUCACCAUCACUGGAGGGAAUAUAUCAGAUCCUUGGAGGAAUUGGCCAACGGAAUGUAUGGAGCCUAUGACAUGGAGAAUGUUCUACUUCGUCUUCACCUCUUGAUAAAGAAUGCAGUGUCUGUUGCCCAAAAGAACCGAGCAAGAUUGUUUUCCAUUGGCAAAGUAUGUGGUUAUUCCCUGAAAAGAUACAAUCGAUCUGCCUACUAUCCUGAAGAUCUUUACAUUGACCAGAAGGGGGUGAAGGUUUCUUACACAGAGCAUGAAGAGACCUUCUCCAGUAGGAGAAAGGAGUUCAUCAUCAAUUUGCGCAUGUACAGUAAUUUCUACAUCGGUCUCCCUGAUCAAAUAUGCAGAUCUGAUUUAACUCAUCAUAAUAACUCAGAGUGCUGGAACGGACAAGAAAUUGUACCAAGAUACAGUCAUCAGGUUGUAGGAUAUGGUGUAAAAGCUCAAGCCAACAAUCCUGAAGUCAAAGUAAAAGGAUCAGAACCUGUAAUCAGCCAAAUAAUUGACAAACUGAAGCACAUAAAUCAGUUGUUGCAGAGCAAAUCAAAAGAGAGAUAUCGUUAUGGAGAUAAAAUGGAGCACAUUUUGAAUGAUAUAAAUGAGGACAUGUGGCAAAGCGGUGACUGUGAUGAUGAAGAUGAGUGUGGAGGUUCAGGACAAGAAGCAUUUGAAGUAAAGAAAGGGUUUCGAUGCUAUACAGGAUGCGGGGAUGGAACAGUCGAGGAUGAUGUGACUCUACACAAGCAACUCCUGAAUCCAAGAAGCAAGGACAGAGUUUCAGCAAUGUCAGAGUCUAAAAAUGCCACAGGAAGUUCCACACCAAGAUGUCUUAUUACUACCAUCUCAGUUUCUAUGGCAGCCAUUGUUUUCAUUUUUCAGUAAAGUGGCAACUGCCCUUGUGAACUUUCGCACUUGAUUAACCUACUUCUGUUGAUGCUUUUGGUAAAUUAUGCUUUGUGAGU